AAUUUCACCCUAAAAAAUGGUGGGAUUUGAAGAGAAAGGCACCCUUUUCUUUUCACCUAGUUUCUCACCAUCGAAGGGGUGUAAAGCUGAACUCGGCUCUUUGAACCCUCUCUCUCUCUCUCGUCUCAACUGUAGUCACCGUUCGUUACUCUCUUCGAAUGAAGCUAUCUAGCUCCAGGUUUGGGUUCCGUAAGUACCUGCAUUACUCUACUACAGCAGCAACCGUUUCUGCGCCUGCGAAAUCAGGGGACUCUCUGUACCGUCGGAUUUCACCACUCGGUGCCCCGACGGUCUCGAUCGUUCCGGUGCUCGAUCAGUGGGUCGAAGAAGGACGAGGCCUCAAGAAAGAACAGCUUCAGAACAUCAUCAAGGAGUUGAGGCGUUACAGCCGAUUCAAGCACGCUCUUGAGGUAUCUCAAUGGAUGAGUGACAAAAAGAAGUUUCAACUCUCAUUUAGCGAUAUUGCUGUCCAGCUGGACUUGAUCUCAAAAGUUCAUGGAACAAAACUAGCCGAAAAUUAUUUCAACAAUAUCCCAGAGAAAUCGAAAGUCGUGGAGGCUUAUGGUGUCCUCCUCAACUGCUAUGCCCGAGAGAAAUCUGUUGAGAAAGCAGAGGCCAUCAUGCAGAAAAUGAGGGAGUUGGGUCAGACAACAUUCACCUUCAAUGUAAUGCUAAACCUCUAUCGUCAGACGGAAAAGCAUGACAAAAUAGAUUUGCUUGUACAGGAAAUGGAAGAAAAGGGUAUCAAAUUUGACAAGUUUACCUUCAGCAUCCUGCUUAACAUAUAUGCAGACCUCUCUCAAACUACAGAAAUGGACAGGAUAGUGCAAAGAAUGGAGUCUGAUCCAAACGUGGUCUUGGACUGGAAUGCUUAUUCCAUUGCAGCAAUGGGGUUUAUAAAUGCAGGGUUAACAGAAAAAGCUUUGGAAAUGCUGAAAAAAUCUGAGUGUCUCAUGUUAACUUCUAAAAGGCGAAGGAGUAGGGCUUUUGAUUUUCUCCUGACACAAUAUGCUACUAUAGGGAAGAAAGACGAAGUGUUACGCCUGUGGGAACUCCACAAGAAGACAGAAAAGAUAUAUAACAAGAGCUAUAUAAGUGUGAUAACCUCACUAUUGAAGUUGGAUGACAUAGAAGAAGCUGAGAAGAUUUUUGAGGAGUGGGAUUCCAGUGAGUUGUUUUAUGAUUUCCGGGUUCCAAAUUUCUUGAUAGGUGCUUAUUGCAGAAAGGGGCUUAUGGAGAAGGCUGAAACUUUGAUAUAUAGGGCAAGGAUGAAAGGAGGCAAACCUCUCGCACAUACAUGGUAUUACUUGGCUGCAGGAUAUGUUGAUGUUAAUGAAAUGCCAAAGGCAAUAGAAGCAUUGAAGGUUGCUGUCUCAGCUUUCAAGCCAGGAUGGAAGCCAAGCGGGCCCAUUUUAGUUGCCUGUCUGGAGUAUUUGAAAGAGAAAGGUGAUGUUGAGGAAGCAAAGGAAUUUUUAAGGUUGCUCCUGGGUAAGGGUGUUCUCUCUAUCGGUAUUCAUGAUAAGUUGUCAAGUUAUAUGGAAAAUGCAGAUCUAAUUGCCCAAGCAUCCCGUCUAAUGGAGGAGGAUGCUGUAGGUAUGGAUGGGGAAGUGACAGAAAAUUUGGAGCCAAAGCAAAUGGGUGAUUUGUUUAUGGAUGAAGAGAUAAAGGGGAUGUCAGAGCUGAAAUAGAAUUGCAUCUUUACCAAAAGAAAACUAUUUUUGAAACAUAUACUCGCAAUAUCUGUGUGUAUCUGUUGGACUUCACUGUGAAUAACCGCUAGGCUUGCACAAGAAUCGUGCGGCAGAAACAUUUUGAAAGAACAUUGGCAUUCCAUGGUGAGUUAAGAAGUGCUGUGUGAUUAAUCUUUGCU